AUUGUGAAAGCAAAAGUCGUUUCAGCUUGAACUCUCUGAUCAGUUUUUACCGAAAAAAAUAGGAUUUUGUUGUUUAUUUAAAUAUAUGUUAAUUUUUAAAUAUACCGUUCAAACGGGGUUGUUUCUCCAUUAAAAAUUGUUCACGAUGGCUAUGCUACAACAGUUUGGUACUAAUGGAUUACAAGCUAAAAGCUUAAUGCGCGAAAAACUUACUGAGAGAGCUAGACGACAUAAAUUAAAUUCAACAGAUAAAUCAGUUCAACAUCUUAACAAAUUCUAUUUAGCUGCUAUGUAUAAGAAUAUGAUUGUAAGUUAUCAUUAACUCUAAUUAUUCCCGAGAUCAGUAUACUCUUUUAUCAUUGUACAAAGGAUAUAGAUAAGACUAAAGGAAGAUCGGAACAUUCUCUACAAAUGGAGAAAAGAGAUUUUGUCUCGAAACGAAGAAAGUCUAUGGGAACUGUAUCGAUAAUUGACGAAGGAAAGCUAGUUAGCCAUAAUAUGUCACCUGGUAAAAGUAAAUGUGAUGGUGCUCUUCAAACUAUAAUAGAAAGGCAAGCUCAACGAAUCGUUUCUGUACUUCCCUACGAGACAAGAUCAACUGAAUUUUUCAAAAAUGAGAUUUUACCAAAUCUUGGCAUUUGUUUGUCAAAAAACCCAAAAAGUAGUAAAAAAAGACAUAAUUUACAAACAAUUAAUGAAGAAAGUGGCAAUAAUAAGGAAAAAUCUAUCACUUUACCACCAAAGAAUACUAUUUUACCUCCAAUUAAAACUUCUAAAACUUCCCCUACUGAUCAGGAAAAUAAAGAAUCUGCCGAGGAAACCGCCAACAUUGAAGAAACGAGUUCCAUUUUAAAGGAACAAAACUCUAUUGAAACUAAGCAGCAACAAGUAAAAAGUAAAAAAGGAGAUUUAUCUCUAAAAGUUAACUUUGCAAGACGUCACGGUACAGUAAAGAAUGAGUAUAUUGAAGAAGACACAUACGUUACAGUUCCUCCAACUGCUUAUUGGGAAGAAACUAAUAGAUCUCGCGAAAUUGUAAUGAAAAGUUCGGUUAAUAAUAGACUAAAUAUUGCUAAGGAGAAAUGUUUAAAGAAUAUUUCGGAGGGAGACCUUCCACUUAUGUUGGCAUUAGAUCAGGCUGAAGUAAACGCUCUCGAAGAAAAGCAAAAAAAAAUUAUACUACAAAAACGCCUACUAGAUUCAAGAUCGAGAUAUAAACAAUGUCAAGUAUCCGUAAAGGAUUGGAUGAGGAAAUGGGAUACUGACCAGAGAAAAGCGGAAGUACUUAAAUCUUUAAAAGAAAAGGAGGAGAAAACAAGAAAGGAAGAAGAACUGAAAAAGAAAAAUAAAAAAAGAGGAUUACGUUGAUGUUCUCUUUUUCCUAAUGUAUCAUUGUUCUUUUCAAUCUGUAAUUUUUCUACUUUUUAUAUUGACUAUGUAAUGUUUUAUAGCAAAGAAAAACAAAGAGAUAAAUCGUUUAUUUCAAAAAUUCAAUACUCGUUCAAAUUGUUUGAACGGAAAUGAGAAUUAAUUUGCUAUUUUCAAUAUUAAUCGUAAGAAUAAAUACAAAUAAAUAGAAGAAAUAACUGAAGUAUAGUGUAUACUGU